AUGACGAAGCGCACAAAGAAGGUCGGUGUUACCGGAAAGUACGGUACCAGAUACGGUGCCUCGCUCCGAAAGCAGGUCAAGAAGAUGGAAAUCACCCAGCACGCCAAGUACACCUGCACGUUCUGCGGCAAGGUUUCCGUCAAGCGUCACUCCGUCGGUAUCUGGGACUGCAAGUCGUGUGGAAAGACCGUUGCCGGAGGAGCCUACACUGUCUCGACCGCUGCUGCGGCUGCUAUGCGAUCAACGCUGCGAAGAUUGAGGGAGAUCCAGGAGGUUUAG